AUGGUCCGUGGCGUCCAUUACGGCGGCGCGUGCGCCGUCCUCCUGGCCGCCGCCGUCGCGCUCGGCCUCGGCGCCCGCGGCGGCGCGGCGCAGCUGGACGACAAGUUCUACGACCGGUCGUGCCCCGGCGUGCACAAGAUCGUGCGGCGGGUCCUGAGGGAGGCGCACAAGGCCGACGUCCGCAUCUACGCCAGCCUCACGCGCCUUCACUUUCACGACUGCUUCGUCCAGGGGUGCGACGGGUCGAUUCUGCUGGACAACAGCACGAGCAUCGUGUCGGAGAAGUACGCCAAGCCGAACAACAACUCGGUGCGCGGGUUCACGGUGGUGGACGACGUCAAGGCGGCGCUCGAGAAGGCCUGCCCCGGCGUCGUCUCCUGCGCCGACAUCCUCACCAUCGCCGCCGAGGUCUCCGUCGAACUGGUACUCCGGAGGCCCCCGGUGGCGCGUCCCGCUCGGCCGGCGCGACGGCACCACGGCCAACCUCACCGCCGCCAACAGCCUCCUCCCGAGCCCCCGCAACAACCUCACCAUGCUCCAGCGCAAGUUCGCCGCCGUCGGCCUCGGCGACACCGACCUCGUCGCCCUCUCAGGCGCGCACACGUUCGGGCGCGCGCAUUGCCAGUUCGUGACGGACCGGCUCUACAACUUCAGCAAGACGGGCAUGCCGGACCCGACGCUGGACGGUGGCUACCGGGCGCUGCUCGCCGGGAGCUGCCCGCGGCGGCACGGGAACAGGUCGGCGCUCAACGACCUCGACCCGACCACGCCCGACGCCUUCGACAAGAACUACUUCACCAACCUCCAGGGCAACCGCGGGUUCCUCCAGUCCGACCAGGAGCUGCUCGCGGCGCCCGGCGCGACAACGGCGGCGAUCGUCGGCCAGUUCGCGAGCGACGAGAAGGCUUUCUUCAGGAGCUUUGCCGCGGCCAUGAUCAACAUGGGGAAUAUCAAGCCGCUCACGGGUGGGCAGGGGGAGGUUCGGAGGAACUGCAGGAGAGUCAAUGGAAGCUAGAGUGA